UCAGAGAACCCAGCGCCGAUCUACUGUUUUCCCCAUCACCAUGGAGGCUUCUCUUGCUGCCUGCAUCCUCGCUGCUCUCCUGGCUACGGGGGCCUGUCUGCAGUGUGAGGUUUGCGACGGAUCAGGACCCAGCUGCACGGGCGACCUACAGACCUGCCUUGAUGGGCAAGACUCUUGUGGCAUCGCUCUGACAGAAAUGACAUGGGCGAGAAUGAAGACCCAAACUAUUCUCAAGGGCUGUGUGACAUCCAGCCAAUGUAGAUCCGGCCCCAUCUCUGUGAAUUUCGGGAAUGGAGUGGAAAUACGUACAAACUUCACCUGCUGCGUGAGAGAGACCUGCAGAACAACCACAGGUCACCCCUCCUGGACAGGCUCUGCGGCCUCCGGCACAAUGGACGCACCUCCGGGACCCGGGGCACCCAACGUGACGGACGCGACACCGGAACCCAGGGCCUCCAACGCGACGGACGCAACACCGGGAUCUGGGGCCUCCAAAGCGACGGACACACCUCCGGGACCCGGGACCCUCAACGCGACGGACACACCUCUGGGACCUGGGGCCUCCAACACUUUGGACACGACACCUGGACCUGGAGCCUUUAAUGUGACGGAUGCCCCUCCGGGACCUGGGGUCUCCAAUGCGACGGACGCACCUCUGGGACCUGGGGCCUCCAACGCUACGGACGCAUCUCUGGGACCCGGAGCCUCCAACGUGACAGACGCGCCGCUGGGACCCGGAGCCUCCAACGCGACGGACGAAUCACUGGGACCUGGAGCCUCCAACGCUACGGAAGCAUCUCUGGGACCCGGAACAUCCAACGCGACAGACACGUCUCCGGGACCCGGGGCCGCCAAUGCAACGGACGUGUCUCUGGGACCCGGGGCCUCCAACGCGACAGACGCGUCUCCGGGACCUGGAGCCUCCAACGCUCCGAGUGUGGCUCCAGCAGCCACAACCUCCCGUGCGGCGGGCGUGACUUCAAUGACCACAACCUCCAGCGCGGUGGGUGUGGCUACAGGACCAGCCGGGUUUCUUCUUGCAGCCUUUGCUGGUCUCCUCCUGCUGAUGCUUCUCUCCUAAUUCUCCACUGGGUGCAAUGGCCACUCUGCACUGAAAUCCACCCCUGCAGCCUGCGUCAGCCCCUCUCCCCUCCAGGGGUUCUCGGUUCCCGCAUGUACUCACGUUUCCUUGAUAUUGUUGCACUGAAUAAAACACACUGGAGACCAAACGCUCUGGGAUUUUAUUUAUUCAUUUCAAUGGAGGGAAAAUGGGAUUCUCGUUGGUGGGACUAUCAAGAAGACCGGUAAGAACAUAAGAGUGGCCACAGCUAGUCCGGUGCCAUGUCCCUGACACUGGCACAACCAGAACUUCCAGGGCAGUGCACAGACAUGGUAAUUUAGGACAGACCCAAGCCUGUCUUCCCCUCCCGGCUUCUGGCAGUCACAGGUUUAGGGACACCCUGAGCAGGGAGCGGUGUCCCUGACGAUCUUGGCUAAUUGCCGUAAUUGAUGGCCCUAUCCUCCAGGAACAGAUCUAGUUCUGUUUUCAACCCUGCUGUACUUUAGACCAUCCCCACAUCCCCUGGCAGUGAGUUCCACAGGUUAAUUGUACACUGUGGGAAAAAGUACAGUCUCUUGUAUGAGACCUGCUGCCUGUUCGUUUCAUUGGGUGACCUUGGUUCUGGGGCUGUGGGACAGGGGAAACAGCAGUUCUCAAGUCACUUUCCCCACCCCAUGGCACAAUUUUCAAGCUCUCUGUCACAUCCCCCUGCGUCAUCUCUUUGCCAAGCUGAACGGUCCUAAUCUUUCCUCAUAUGGGCCAAAAAAUUGUUCCAUUUUCAGCUGGAAACAUUACAUUUUUCAUCUUGUUUUUGGCAGAAAAUUGUUUGGGUUUUGAUCAUUUGGCCUCAAAACAUUGGGUUUCAGCUGAAAAUCAUUCACAUUUAGGCCAAUCGUUGGUCACUUUGUAGCAGUUUGUAGCCAAAACGUAUCCAGUUUUUAGCGUUUUUCAACCAACAUUAUUUUGUAUUAUCAGCUGGACAAUUUUCAUUUUCCAGCUGAAUUUUUUUCUUACCUGCAAUUUUCCGCCAACCGU